AUGGUGCAGCCGGAGCAGCACAUUGUCUAUGCCAUCCACGAGUAUGCGAUACCGGGCAGCAGAUUUUUGCCGCUCAAGGCGGGGGACGUGAUGCACGUCGAGGAGGCCGAUGAGAGUGGCUGGUGGCUUGGCACCAACCUCCGCGGACAGAAAGGUAUCUUUCCAUCCACAUACACGCUCCCCUACGUCUUUCCCCCUCCCAUGGAGGAUAUGAUGCGCGACAUGCGGCUCAUUUUGCUGGGCCGCUGCUUUGGUGUGGAUGUGGCUAGCGGUGCGCCCCUUCCGCUGCUGCAGUGCAUGGACGCAGAGGUGUGCGAUGCCUAUAUGCCCUCGCCACCGCCCUCCUUCUCCUACAAGCAAGUCCAUAAACGCCUGCUCGACCGUGAAGCGGCGCGCACGCGAGUGAUGAAGCUGCUCUCUCAGCUCAUGGAGACGUGCACAUGCGUCGAAGAGGAGCGAGCAAAGAUCGCGCAGGGGCUUGCAACCCAGGAACAACAGGUCGCAGAUCGUCAAGCGACCCUGAGCGAGAAAUUUGCAGCGCUGGAAGCAUCGCUCUGUGCACUUACGGUGCGCAAGUCGGCGUGUCUUCAGGACGGCAUUGUGCCAACCUCCGCGUGGUAUGAGCAGUUCAACAUCGUGUCUGUAUCAGGGUCCUCCUCGUCGCACUCGCUGUCCUACGAGCGGGCGUGGCGCUCGACUCUCAGGGAUGUGAAAGAGGUGGUGAGGGGGCAAGAGGAGGAGCUAAUAUGCCUCUCCACGAGCUGCGCACAGCAAGAAGAUGCCUUUGUACGAGCUACAUCUUCGCUGCACGAGCGCGUUCAGUGGCGGGACGGCAGUGUCGCACGCAUGUUGGCGUACUGGGCGGACAAGGCGCAGGCUGUUAAGACCGCCUACAGGGACGCAAAAGUAAUGCACGACGCCACUGAGACGACACUUCACCUGGAGGCGUCGCAACUGAUUCAUCUUCUGGAGGAGGGUCGGGAGCGGUAUAUACAGGCCAAGGAGCUUUUCCGUCAGCUUAGGCGACAAGCAGAAGAGAUAUCUGCGGUCCUGCAGCGCAAAGACGCACUUGAUUCUCUAUCGCGCGAGAUCGCUGAAGUUGACGCAGCCAUUGCAAUGCACGAACAAUGGCAACGGCACGAGCCGGUCGCGCUCUCCUAG